CAGUCUUUCAUAUCUCUUUCACCCACUUACUCUGGUGCCCAAAAAGGUUGGCAAGAUCCAAGCAAACUAAGACCUCACUCUUCUAAUCGCACCAGAGAUGUGAUCCUACUAUUACUGGAUAGAUUCUGGUUCAAUCUGCAAGUUUCCAAGUUCUCAAAACUAGGCAUUGUCAGCCUCUUCUGUUUAUUCUCUUCUUUUUCUUGUUUAAUAUUAAUUUCCUGUUUGGAGUGCUCUGGACACUUUAGUUGUGGAACAAAGGAGAGCAGUGACAGGGCAGUAAGUCCUGAGCACUUCAGUGUGAUUGCAGCUACCUGCUCCAGCAGCAAAAUGACAUCUGAGAUUCAGAAACAUUAUUUACAGGCCUCAGGCAUGGAAGAGCUGAUAUGGGAACAGUACACUGUGACCUUACAAAAGGACUCUAAACGAGGCUUUGGGAUUGCUGUUUCUGGUGGCAAAGAUAACCCUCACUUUGAAAAUGGUGAAACAUCCAUUGUUAUCUCAGAUGUGCUCCAAGGAGGCCCAGCAGAUGGAUUGCUUCAAGAAAAUGACCGGGUGGUCAUGGUUAAUGGGACCCCUAUGGAAAAUGUUCCCCAUUCUUUUGCAGUGCAGCAGUUAAGAAAAAGUGGGAAAGUAGCUACAAUUGUAGUGAAAAGACCGAGGAAAGUUCAGCUCACUGCUCUGAGGAGAAGCCCCUCUCUGGACUACGAUGAUCGAGCUCUUGAUGUUAUGGAUGACCAAGCCGAGUUUGAUGGCAGAAGUGCAAGAAGCGGCUACAGUGAUCGGAGCUGGCAUGGCGGCAAUGGAGGGCGCAGCCAGAGCUGGGGAGACAGUCCUGAUCGGAGCUACCGACGAGAUCAGGAUAGAGGACGCACUUACAGCAGAGAUCGCAGCAGAGAAUGCGGCUACAGCAGAGAUUGGAGUCGUGGCAGGAGCCUUGACAGGGAGAGAAGUUUGGACCAAGAUCACAGAAGAGACCGGAGCAGGGGAAGGAGCGUUGAUAGAGAUGAUGGCUAUGAACGUGGCUAUGGUCAAGCUUACAACCACAGAUCUCAACCUGACCUUAGAUAUGAAAAGGAAGUCAGGAGUCGUAGUCGAGACAGGCUUUGUUCCCGCAGCCCCUCACUUGAAAUGCGCCGCCAGCAUGAGUUUCUAGGUCAGCGGGUCCAAGAUGGGCCUGUCGGUGUUCUCCUAACAAAAAAUAAAUCCAAUGAAGAAUACGGUCUCCGACUUGGAAGUCAGAUCUUCAUAAAAGAAAUGACCACUACUGGCCUGGCAACUAAAGAUGGUAACCUGCAUGAGGGGGACAUAAUUCUCAAGAUCAAUGGUACAGUGACAGAGAAUAUGUCAUUAACUGACGCCCGAAAACUGAUUGAGAAGUCCCGAGGAAAACUUCAGUUAGUAGUCCUGAGAGAUCGAAAGCAGACACUGCUCAACGUCCCUUCAAUGAAUGACAGUGAUUCAGAAAUAGAAGAUAUUUCUGAAAUAGAGUCCAAUCGGUCAUUCUCACCUCAAGAAGAGAGAAGAUUACAUCAUUCUGAUGCAGACUCUCAUUCGUCCAAUGAAAAACUAAAAGAAAAGUCAAAUGCAAAAGAUGAUUCAUCUAGCAGGUUGUCCAGGAUGGGAGCAAUGCCUACGCCUUUUAAAUCAACUAGUGAUAUUCCAGCUGCUGCUGUGGUCACGGACACUAGCAAAGAACCAGAGUACAAAGAAGAACCACCAGUGUCUCAGCCAAAAGCGAUCCCAAGAACGUUUCUUAAACCCAGUCCUGAAGAUGAAGCAAUAUUUGGCCCUAAUACAAAGAUGGUGAAAUUCAAGAAAGGGGACAGCGUGGGCCUCCGGCUGGCUGGUGGGAAUGAUGUAGGGAUAUUUGUUGCUGGAAUUCAAGAAGGCACUUCAGCUGAACAGGAGGGGUUACAAGAAGGAGAUCAGAUUCUUAAGGUGAAUACACAAGAUUUCCGAGGCCUUGUUCGGGAGGAUGCCGUUCUCUACCUGUUAGAAAUUCCCAAAGGUGAAAUUGUGACCAUUUUGGCUCAAAGUAAAUAUGAAGUGUACAGAGACAUAAUGGCCUGUGGCAGAGGGGAUUCAUUCUUCAUAAGAAGCCACUUUGAAUGUGAGAAGGAAUCUCCUCAGAGUUUAGCCUUCACCAGAGGGGAGAUAUUCAGAGUAGUUGAUACACUGUAUGAUGGGAAACUGGGAAACUGGUUGGCUGUGAGAAUUGGAAACGAACUGGAAAAGGGCAUCAUUCCAAACAAAAGCAGAGCUGACCAGAUUGCCACUGUUCAAAAUGCCCAAAGAGAUGGCUCAAGUGAUAGGGCAGAUUUCUGGAGAAUGCGUGGACAGAGAUCCGGAAUGAAAAAGAAUCUGAAGAAGAGCCGUGAAGAUUUGACUGUUAUUGCAUCUGUUAGCACAAAAUUCCCAGCCUACGAGCGAGUUCAUCUGCGAGAAGCUGGUUUUAAGAGACCUGUGGUAAUAUUUGGCCCCAUUGCAGACAUAGCAAUGGAGAAGCUGUCAACUGACUUACCUCAUCUGUAUCAAACUGCCAAGACCGAACCUAAAGAUGCAGGUUCAGAGAAGUCCACUGGAGUGGUGCGUUUGAACACUGUGAGGCAAAUUAUUGAGCAGGACAAGCAUGCUUUGUUGGAUGUGACUCCUAAAGCUGUAGAUCUAUUGAAUUACACCCAGUGGUUCCCGAUUGUCAUCUUUUUAAACCCAGACAGUAAACAGGGUGUUAAAACUAUGAGACAAAGGCUCUCUCCCACAUCCAACAAGAGCUCCCGCAAGCUUUAUGAACAAGCAAAUAAACUGAAGAAAACUUGCCAUCAUCUCUUUACAGCCACUAUCAAUCUGAAUUCAGCCAAUGAUAGCUGGUAUGGCAGUCUGAAAGAUGUGGUUCAGCAACAGCAGAAUGAAGCUGUAUGGGUGUCAGAAGGAAAGUUGGAAGGAAUGGAUGAUGAUGCCGAAGAUCGCAUGUCAUAUCUAACAGCUAUGGGUGCUGACUAUCUGAGCUGUGACAGUCGCUUGAUUAGUGAUAUGGAAGACACAGAUGGAGAAGGUGGAGCGUACACAGACAAUGAACUUGAUGAGCCAUCAGAUGAACCAAGUGUUUCCUCUAUUAGCCGUUCUUCUGAGCCUGUGCAUCAUGAGGAGAGUUUAAGAAAACCCAGCCCAGAACCAAGAGCUCAGAUGAGAAAAGCUGGUAGCAGAGAAGUGCUUAGAGAUCCCAGCCCACCUCCAGCAUUCAAGCCUGAGCCACCAAAGGGCAAGGUGCAAAGCAGAGAAGAUCCAUAUGACCUGCUCAGGAACUAUGAGUCGAAGCCAAGUGUCUCUAGUAUUGCCAGCAAUGAGAGCUUAACUGUGUCAGCCAAAGCAGCACCUCCCCCAGUUUUGGCAAAACCUACCUUUGGGCGUCCCAUCUUGAAAACCUCUCAGCCAGCAAUUCCACCUGCAGAGGAGGAGGAGGAGGACAAAGUGGAGGAACCUGCAGAUAUAGAGAAUGCUCCAAAAUCUGUGCUGGGGAAAGUUAAAAUAUUUGAGCAGAUGGAUCACAAGGCAAGAAAGCAAAGAAUACAAGAGCUGCAAGAGGCACAGAAUGCCAGGCUGGAAAUAGCCCAGAAACACCCAGAUAUUUAUGCUGUCCCAAUCAAAACACAGAAGUCAGACCCGAACUGGACCCAGCCCAUGAGUUCCAGACCUCCAGAGCCUCAGAAACCCCCUUCCCGAUCUUACCUAGAUAAUCGAGGAAGUUAUGGCAGUGAUGCAGAGGAGGAAGAAUACCGUCGGCAGCUAGCAGACCACUCCAAGCGUGGGUAUUAUGGACAGCCAUCAAGAUACAGGGACACAGAAUUAUAGACUCUUAUCUAGUAUCCAUACUGCUGCUUUGAGAUCCUCUUCUUCCCACAGUCAAAAUGGUGCAGGGGUAAUAGCUUUGCUGGGGGUCACAGAGUGCUCUUGGUGAACUUAGACAGACAUAUCCAUGCACUGGACCUGGAGGGUUUAGUUUUUUGGAGGAUAUACUGUUUUGACAUCUAAACAAA